AUGGUCGCCGCUCAUCAAUCAACGAUCGCUAAGCUUGAGAAGCAAUUGAAGAAAGAGAGGGCGGAGCAUAAGGAGACCGCGAAGCAGUUGGAGAGCCUCAAACGAGAGAAUAGACUGAUCAAGAGGGAUCUAGCUCUUGAAAAAGAGCAAAAUAAGAAGAAUCUGGAAUCUCAGCACGAAGAGCUCCAGGCGUCGAUUCAGAAGCUCACAGCUCAGAAUCUGGAAUUCCAGAAGGCGUUGGACGACUAUCGUCGGGAAAUCGCCGAAAAGGAGGUGGAGAUUCAGAAUCUUCUGAAGGAAUCAGAUGACGUCCGUGGGAAUCUGGAGAAAUCCAUCAAAGUAAUGGAAAAAGAUCAAGAAUUGGCUGGAAUCGAGGCGGAUAUCAAAUUGGCGGAUCAAUUCAAGGAGAUUCACAGAUUGGAGAGGAUUCUGGUGGACGUUGAGAAUCAGAUGAAUCAGAUGAAUCAACACUUCCAGAUGGUCGUCAGGGAUAAAGAUUCGGAGAUCAUUGGACUCAGAUGGCGAUUGUCGGCAUUUAUCAUUGAUUAG